GCUGGAAUCUAAACCGGAAUCUGGACCUGAAUCCAGGCUGGAAUCUAAACCGGGAUCUGGACAAGAAUCCAGGCUGGAAUCUAAACCGGAAACUGGACCUGAAUCCAGGUUGGAAUCUAAACUGGAAUCUGGACCUGAAUCCAGGCUGGAAUCUAAACUGGAAUCUGGACCUGAAUCCAGGCUGGAAUCUAAACUGGAAUCUGGACCUGAAUCUAGGCUGGAAUCUAAACCGGAAUCUGGACCUGAAUCCAGGCUGGAAUCUAAACUGGAAUCUGGAUGGAUGAUAAACAGCAAGUGA